AUGUCAGCACUGCCUGAACUCUACACUUCUGCCGCUAACGAUUUCCGUUCGGAUACGUUUACCACUCCCACUGAGGAGAUGUUGAAAGCCGGAUUGGCAGCUUCGAUCGGAGACGCUGUCUACAACGAGGACGUCGACACCAUCCGGCUCGAACAGAAGGUCGCAGAACUCGCCGGUAUGGAAGCCGGAUUGUUCUGCGUUUCCGGUACGCUUUCGAACCAGAUCGCUCUGCGUACGCAUUUGUUCCAACCUCCAUACUCGAUCUUGUGCGACUACCGUGCUCACGUGUACACGCACGAGGCCGCAGGGCUGGCGAUCCUAUCGCAAGCCAUGGUGUCGCCUGUGAUUCCCUCGAACGGAAACUACAUGACGCUUGAAGAUAUCAAGCGCCACUAUAUCCCAGACGACGGGGACAUCCACGGCGCUCCGACGCGGGUCAUUUCGCUCGAGAACACCUUACACGGCAUCGUGUAUCCUCUGCAAGAGCUGAUCCGUAUCCGGGCGUGGUGUCUGGAGAACAACAUCAAGCUGCACUGCGACGGUGCGCGGAUCUGGAAUGCUGCCGCUGAGGCUGGAAUUCCACUAAAACAGUACGGUGAAGUUUUCGACUCGAUUUCGAUCUGUCUUUCCAAGUCCAUGGGCGCUCCAAUGGGGUCGAUUCUUGUCGGUGACUUCAAGUUUAUCAAGAAGUGCAACCAUUUCAGAAAACAACAGGGCGGUGGUGUUAGACAGAGCGGAAUCAUGUGCAGAAUGGCGAUGGUUUCGGUCGAAAGCGACUGGAAAGCUAAGCUGAGACAAUCGCACAGAAUGGCUCAUCAACUUGCCGCCUUUUGUCAGGAACACUCCAUUCCGCUCGAGUCUCCAGCGGACACCAAUUUUGUGUUCCUGGAUUUGCAAAAGGCCAAGAUGGACCCCGAUGUGCUUGUUAAGAAGGGUUUGAAGUACAAUGUGAAGCUUAUGGGCGGAAGAGUCUCGUUCCACUAUCAGAUUUCCGAGACCUCGCUCGAGAGGGUUAAAUCUGCCAUUUUGGAGGCGUUUGAAUACGCCAAAGAGCAUCCUUUCGACACAGAGGGUCCCACCAAGAUCUAUCGCAGUGAGUCCACGGAAGUCGACAUCGAUGGGAACGCUAUCCCAGAAAUCCAGACUUACAAGUACUAA